CAACGUUUGACAACGCCUUUGCAAAAUGCAAUAAUGACAAUGACAGGUCUUCUCUUGUGAGCACAAGACUCGUAUUGCCAAAGUCUCAGGAGCACCUGUUAGCAUACAGGGUUCUGGCAAGUUCGCUUUGCUUGGCGUUGGCUUUGUACAAUUGGAUUCCAUUCAACACUCGUCAUGGCAGAUGUCUCCACUCGCUGAUCUUGAUUUGAGCGUUCGUUUUGAAUGUAUCCACAUUCGUCCACAUUAUAUAGUCACUAUAGUCACUAGUCGAGUUCAAAUUUUGGCCCCAGCUUUGAAGGGGCUGCUCUGCCACGGGCGUGUUGUCUAGGGCCCCAUGACAGCUAUGAAGGUUUUCCUGUCGUGGGCCGCGCGGUUCUAUCCCGUGAGCAGCACAGAUGUCCAAGGUGCAUGGCAGUAUGUUUGGGGAUUGACACCCACAGUGCAACCGAAUUGGUUCUCAAAACUCAGUGGUGGCAUCGUGUUUUGGGCGGUUUGCUGCAGCUGGCAUUUCGCGCAACGAAAGCUGUGGCUCAUGUGGGAGAUGCCCGGUGAGCCUGGGCAGGCGGUCAGAUUUCAACGGCCCAGACCUGGAGAACAGCAGGUGGUGCUGAACAUUUUGGCUGUACUUCUUCCAUCCAUGUUCUGCUUCGGCUGCUAUGCCUUUGCUCAACCACUGAUUCGCUGGCUCGUGAAUCCGAUCUUCACGGCAAAGGCCCGUUGGGUGCAGAUUGUGGUGACUGCCUUCAUGUUCACCAUGGCUUUUUGCAGCAACCACUUGAUGACUUCGAAUUGGGUGGUUUGGUCUGUGGGUGUCUUCACCUUCAUGAGCUGGGCCUUUUGUGGUCGCACGGUGGCUACCGAAGUGGUGAAGCUGCCAUGCACGGGUAAACUCUGCAAGCUGAAAGGAUCUGAACUUCAUGUCUUGAGACCACACGCGGCAUCCGCUCUGAGUUGGCCCGGUGAUGAUGCCAUCCUGGUGCAAUCAUCCUCGGACCAAUCGUGGCUGUAUGUGGGCUCUUGCGGCCGUGCCAACCUCUUCCGUCCCGACGUGCUGCUGGUUCUCCUGACAGCCUACUUGUGGCGUAUGCCCUGGUUUAUCCUUGGAACAGGGAACUACAAUCAAUGCCCCGGAUGGGCCGAGUUGUGCAUGAUCUUCUACAUCCCCUUUGGCUAUCCAUCUCUCGCGACCUUUGGUUUUCGGUUAGCUUUGGCGAAUCGAUGGAGCAUCUCUGCAAUGCUUGUACUAACAGUUUGGCCCUUUGUGAACUUGUGCCUUGGAGGAAAGGGCUGCAGCACCCUCUCCGAAUUAUUGAUCGGUGAAACCUUGCCCGAAAUUUGGAGCAUCUCAGCCCGAGAAAUCACCUUUGAUCGAGGAUAUGAGACGUGCUCUGUGAAGGCCUACGAUGAAGGGGGUGAGGCACUGCUAGUAGCAAGUACCACAGUUGCAGCGUGGGUGCACAUUAUGUCCAACUACUCGUUCUUGUUUGGCUUUGCUUAUGGUUUGAUCGGAAAAUGCACGACUGGCUGGGGAAAGGACCUUCAGGCGGACGUGAAGAUGACAGUUGGUGAGGCGACAGCCUUGAGCUGCAACAGCGCUGCUCGCGCCUAGAAUGCUCGAAUUUCGGAGCCUAAAAUCACUCGAACUUCGGAGUCUCAGCUGCUCUUUUAAGAAACCGCUCCCCUGCUUUUUGGGACGGCUGCGCCACCUGGUACUGCAUGCAUUUUUGGAGUGUCACAGGCUGCUUUGUACAGCUGUAGGCCAGAGGCUGUGACACUUGCAGUCCAGAUUCAUUGGCACAUGGUUAUGCAGGAAAGAGACGUGCCCCGGUGUAUCCCAGGCGCCGCCCUGCCUGGGCAUUCACCUGCAAUCAGCACUUCCACUGUAUUCAUUAGAUGCAGCCUCACAAAACCUUAUAUAAGUCACGAAUCAUCGAGAAUCAAAAAGAAGCUCUUUCAAGCAGUCAUUUCCCCAUGAGGGUAACCCACUGCCAUCGUUGUGGCCUGCUUAAUCUCGGCAUUGUCUUUGGCGUCGGCGUGGGGGCGACCGUCCACGGAUGGGCAUCCGUUCAGGCUGGUCACCAUAGAGGUCAGGGCCUCACCAUAGAGGUCAUGUUAUGCUGAGAUGUGUUCAGUGUCCAUCCUUGAGAUCGUUUGGGACACAUUUCCAUAGAGCCAGGUCACAGCCAUUUUGCCGCUG